UACCAACGUAUAUUUAAACUUCUUUCUCUUUUAUCAGAAACGAAAUACUAUAUCGGAAGAAUGUGUGAGAAACAAUUUGAAAAUAGAGAAAAAGACCACCAUGGAAAUAACCAUUAUCAAGUGGAUCCAGAAAAUAGGCCUGUGGUUGGGACCAACCGGUAACGAAAUACACUGGUUAACAAAAAUUUGCAUCAGCUGCUUCUUUCUCGCUAAUGUUGCCCAGAUGAUUGCGUUGUUUUUGGCUAAAAACGAUCCGGAAAAGCUCUUCGGCUGUUUUAGCGUACUUUCGUUCUGCGGUAUGGGAUUUAUCAAGCUGUAUUCAAUGCAAUUUAAAAGAGACGACUGGAACUUUUUACUAAAACAAGCUUUUAUAUUGGAGAAUGACGAAUUGAACAACGAUGACACGACCGGCGUCGAUUAUGACACCGAUGAUGAGGACAAUGAUAAAUUCUCCGGGCAUAUUUUGGUUUAUUCGCGGAAAUUUUUGUCUACAAAGUCGCUUCUCUCUCAGAUGUAUAGCUUUACGGGUAUCGUGUAUAUUUCGACCCCAUUUAUUGAAUAUGGGAUAUAUAAAAUAAAAGGCGAGGUUGUGGAUUGGCUGCACGUUUUGCCGGUUUGGUCUCCAUUAGAUGUCAGUGCAUUCGGUUAUGCAGCAACAAUUAUUGCUGAAAUCAUUGCUUCUGUUUAUUGCGUAAGCGUACACAUUGUUUUCGAUUCAUUCGCAACUGGUACUAUGAUAUUUGUAUGUGGCCAGUUUUCAUUACUGCACGCUUAUAGCCAGAGAAUCGGCGGAAGUGGCAAGCAAUUUAAUUUAUGCCAAGAACGAGACGCCCGAGCACAUUAUAGGAUUAAGAAAUGCCACUUCAUUCAUGUUACUUUGCUACGUAUGGUCAAACAAUUGGAUGAAAUCAUAAGGAAUAUUGUCGGUAUAUACUUCUUCGUGGCUACGCUGACUCUCUGCUGUGUAUGCAUUCAGCUGCAAUCAAAGGACUUAAGCGCCACCCAACUAAUAUCACUGUUACAGUACAUGUGUGCGACUCUCACCCAGCUUUUUCUCUACUGUCAUUACGGAGACGCUGUACAAAAUGAGAGUGUUGUUACACUAGGCGAAGGCCCUUUCGCGUCAGCAUGGUGGAGCCUCGGAAUUAAAAUCCGCUCUGAAGUUGGGAUUCUUUGUAUAAGAAUGUCUCGCUGUUGCAAACUGUUCGCCGGACCCUUCAACGUUCUUAAUUUGGAGUCUUUUAUACAGAUUGUCCGGACGGCAUACAGUUAUUACGCAGUAUUACGGCAGACAUCUGAAUAAGAUUGCUAUAAAGGUAAAACUAAUUGUAUCACGGCCGCUAAGGAAAACAAUUUUCUAGACUCAUUACUUUCACGAUCUUAGUUCACGAUACAUAAGUUAAGUACCUAAGUAAAGUUGUUCAGUGGUAA